UUCUCCAAGAAGCAGAAAUGGAUCAAGACUCCAAAGAGACUGGUUUUCGUCGACAUAUCGAAGUCAGUCGCCAGAGAUGCCCAAAAUCGGGAAGGCGGAGGGUAUGACGAGGAACUGGUCUUAGACUGUCAAAACACGACGUCUGACGAGUCCGACGCUCGUGACCCGUCUCAGGUCACUGACUCCGCACUUUUUCCGGGGUCUCCAUCGGAUCGUUUCAUCCUUCACGAAGACGGUGGAGCCCCUGAUCGCAGGUUUUCCCACGGUCCGGAGCAGGGUGGCAGUCUGGCCGGCCUGCGCCCACACAUCUACAUCACCAAACCCGUAUGGCCAUUGACAGACCCUUCCGAGGCCGAGCUCUUCAGGCACUUUGUUCAGAAAUUGGCGAUAUGGCUCGAUUUGUGCGACCCCGGCCAAUCGUUUGAGACCAUCGUCCCGCAGCGUGCCGGAACCUGCCCAAUCCUGUUGAAUGCAAUCCUCGCCCUGUCAGCCAGGCAUAUGAGCCAUAUCAGCAACUAUGAUCCACUAGCGUCCAACCGAUAUCACCAAGAGUGCCUCAAGUACCUCAUCCCCAUGCUAAGCCAUGCAGCAACGGUGUCGGACGAGAAUCUCUUCGCGGCAACCAUCAUCCUGCGGGUCUUGGAGGAGAUGGAAGUCAAGAAUAUGGGGAUGGACAACCACGGCUACCUCCUCGGUAUCCACGCCUUCGUCAAAGCGGGUGAUCGGUGCCUUGUCCCGGGUACUCUGAGCGCGGCCUCCUUUUGGGUCGGACUCCGCCAGGAGAUCUACAGUGCCGUCAUGAACCACGAGCCCGUCAGGAUCAAGCUCGUGCACUCCCUGGUUGACCGCUCGCUCAGGCCGGCCGACGACUACGCAUGGGCCAACCGGGCUGUUGUCCACUGUGCAGACGUCCUGAACUUUUGCUUCGAAACAGACGCCCGGCCAGCAGCGGCCAGGUGGGCCGAACUGGACAGCUGGAACAAAAAAUGGCAUGAAACAGUCCCAGCCUCGUUCGUGCCCAUUUACCAGAAAGAGGGCACUGAGGAUGCGUUUCCCGAGUUCUGGUACCAUAGUAGCUGCCACGUCAUAGGGAUCCAGCACCAUCUCCUAGCAGAGCUGUUCCUCGCCCGCUUCGACCCCAAGGUGCCUCGAAUUGGCGGUCAAAGAAAGGCAGCCGAGAGUCAAAUAACACAACGCAUUCAGCAACUAGUCAGGCGCAUCUGCGGCAUUGGGCUCGGCAACCAGUGGACGCCGCCGAGUAUGUUCACGGCCUGCAUGGCCAUCGCUGCAUUCGGGGACCACUUCCACAAACGACAGGAUCAGGAGGCAAUGCUCGACAUCCUCAGGCUGACGGAGAAAUACCAUGCGCGGCCGACGGAAGCUGUACAGCAUCAGAUCAUCAAUACUUUUAAAAUGACGCAAGAUCCAUCGGAGAGGUAA